GUGUAAGGCAGGUUGGAGCUCUGAUAUUCGGACACAAACAGCUCAAAGAGAGGAGACCAGAAUUCACCUGCACCAGAAGUCAUGUCAGCUGCUCAAGUUUCAGUGCUGCUAUUGCUUCUAAAUUAUGUUGGAUCUUCUUACGGAAUAACCCCUGAGGCUGGAUUUAAAUCUUCAUCAAGCCCAGAAAAGCAUGGUGGUUACCCUGAGCGGACCCCAAGAAUAGAACCUGUGAGCAGUACUUCCCCUGCUCCACAAACAUAUGAUGGACACACAAAGGUUGUGGAAACACUGUCUACAAGCUCUACCAGCAGAGACAAAGACAAGCCAAACAUUGAAAGUGAUGAAGAUAAUGAAAGGAGAGUUCCUGAGCCACAUCCUCACCCUGUGACUGAGGAUCAGCUUUUUAAAUCUGACAUAUUAUGGAACCAGAGGAGUCCAUGGAGCUCUGAAGAUGGAGUUAUGACAAGGAGUCCUACUCCAGGAAAGCUUCAGUAUGAUCUCCAUGCAGUUGAUGGUAGCUUCAAAAGUGGUCUUGUAUCUGACGCAGACAGUGUCGAGACGACUCUCUCAGGCCCUAGCAUUCAAUCUGAGACUCCCACACAAACAAUCAUUAAAGAAGUUUUUUCUAAAAGACCACAUGUUGAUCCCACUUCCACUCAUAUUUCUGUUUCCAGCUCUAAAUCAGGGUAUCUUGUCUCCAAUUCUCUCCCAUCAUCUGAGGGUGAAGGAGAAGCACCACCAUCAGUCAUCACAUCUCCACUUUUUACAGGAACGACCUCCUCCCCAGAAGACUUCAAAGCUAAACAAGAGCAGAAACAAGAAGAAAAAGCAGGAUCUGAGGAACUAUGUGCUCCCCAGAAAGAUCCAGCCUCAAACCUGACUCUUAUUACUAGCAGAAUACGAAAAGGAACAGAGCUUAACUGCAGUGACUUUGACGCCGAGUCAGAUAAUAUUUUGGCCAGUGAGAUGAGGAAAAACUUUAAACUAGAAAAAAAGCUGGAUACUGUUUCACUUAAAGUGCAAGCAACUCUGCUUCCACCUGCAGGAGAACAGGGUGGUCCAGAUACAGAUCAUGGUGAGGCGGAUUUAAAGAGGAAGGACGGAAGUUUAAAAUUUCCAGAAAUGGAAGUUACAAUCUCUGGUGAUGAUGAUGUAGAGCCCUACAAUCAGUCCUUAUCUGAUUUAAUGUUUAACACUGGAGGCGGCAUCAUCCAAUCCCAGACUGAAACUCCACAACACGCUGUUGAAGCCGCCAAUCAGGCAUCAGAAUUCACAAACAGACGCCUUCAGGCAAAACCCAGACCAGGAAUCAGAGGACAAAGGGGACAGCAUGGUCCACCAGGACUACCAGGACCACCAGGACCUAAAGGAGACAAAGGCUACCAAGGCGUCAUGGGCAGGACCGGGCAGACAGGAUACAGAGGCCCCAUUGGUCCACCUGGGAUGCCUGCCAUUGUUGUGGUCAAAACCUCAGAAGAAGAGUGGGAGGCUUUCAAGAAAAAGAAAAUCUACAAAAAGCUGGUAUCUUCUUGGCCGAAACGUAAAGGAACUCCAGGCCCGCCUGGACUUCCUGGAGAUGAUGGACCAGUUGGGCCACCUGGUGUUACAGGAAAGCAAGGACCAAAAGGAGUUCUAGGGACAAUUGGCAGACCUGGACCACAAGGUAUGCCAGGGCCACAAGGUCAACCUGGAGAAGAAGGCACCCCAGGACGAGAUGCUGAAUCAGGCCCUACAGGCUUACCUGGAGAACAGGGUCCAAAAGGUUACAGAGGAGAGAAAGGCAGCAAAGGGGAGCUGGGUGAGUGGGGUUAUCAGGGAGAAGCUGGAUCUCUGGGACAAAUAGGAAGAAAAGGAGAAAAGGGAAAUAAAGGAGCCCGGGGGUUUGAUGGGAUUCCUGGCUAUAUUGGCCUGUCUGGUGCCAGGGGUCCUCGUGGUUUCCCAGGACCUUCAGGAUCUCUGGGAGAAAUCGGAGCUCAAGGCUUUAGUGGUCCUCCAGGUCCACCUGGGGAAAUGGGCCCCAGGGGGGUAGUAGGACUCAUUGGGGUCAAGGGGCCUCCGGGUCAUCAAGGACAAAUGGGCUCCAGAGGAGCAGCUGGACAACAGGGAGAGCGUGGUCCAGAUGGAGCAUUGGGGUUUCCUGGCGUGCAGGGCCCUCAGGGAAACCCUGGACUAAUUGGACCUCCAGGACCUAAAGGUGAUCCUGGAGAUCAAGGAGAUGAGGGUGAAAUUGGUGAACCUGGACCUCCUGGACUAAAUGUAGGACAUCUGGGCCCAGUGGAAAAUCAGGAAACCCAGGACCCUCAGGGUGCCAAAGCCAGAAAAGGUGAGAAAGGAAACAUAGGGUUUAAGGGAGACCUUGGACCUCCAGGGCCUCCAGGUAAACAAGGAUUUAAAGGGCGUAAGGGUCCAAUGGGGCUACAUGGACUAGAAGGACCAAGAGGAGUGGCAGGACUUCCUGGACCCACUGGGUCUGAUGGAGUAAUGGGGGAACAAGGGAGGCAGGGAAAAGAAGGAUCCAAGGGAAGUCAAGGACCUAACGGUAUUCAGGGAAGUCCUGGGCCAAGAGGUGACAAGGGUCGAGGAGGUCGAGCGGGGUUUUCUGGACUGUCUGGUCCCAUUGGAGAGAUGGGCAGAUCAGGAGAGAGAGGACCUGAAGGAGAACCUGGUAUUAAGGGAAAGACUGGAGUUCCAGGGGCAUCAGGGCCAAAAGGCAUGAAGGGUUUUCAAGCUAAUUUGGGCAGCAGAGGGCAGGAUGGCCAACUUGGAGCGCAAGGACAAGCUGGUGAAAAUGGAAUGACUGGGGAUGCUGGACUUCAAGGACCAAAAGGAUUUCCUGGGAAAUUAGGGUCGCCUGGCAUCCAAGGACCCGUAGGUAACAGUGGAGAACUCGGCAGCACAGGACUGAAGGGGAAACCAGGAAGUCCAGGAGACAGAGGGAUUGAAGGUAAGCAAGGUCCUAGGGGACACGCGGGACAUGAAGGAUUAAAGGGCAAAAGAGGUGAGGAAGGGCCAAGAGGAAAGCAAGGACCCCUAGGAGAGAAUGGUGCUCCUGGACCAAAAGGAUUCACAGGACCUCCUGGUAUUCAGGGUAACAUUGGAACUUGGGGUGAGGUUGGACCACAUGGUCCUCCAGGUGACAAAGGACCGCAAGGUCCAGUUGGGCCAGAUGGACUAACUGGUUAUCCUGGUAAAGAUGGGCAUGUGGGACUAAUAGGAUCGACUGGUCUUAAAGGCAACAAGGGAUCCAGAGGAGAUGUGGGCCAGGAGGGAGUUGCUGGUCUCGAUGGUGAGGAGGGCAAAAUUGGAUUUAUGGGACUCAGGGGACCAACUGGCCUAAAAGGCCUUCCUGGUGACAAGGGAAAUGCUGGACCUCCAGGGCCAGGUGAACUAAAGGGAGAUGAAGGCAAAAGAGGCAACCGACAGCCUCAAGGACCAAAAGGGCCACUGGGGAAGCAGGGAUGCAGAGGUCCUCCAGGAGACAGAGGACAACAAGGACAUCCAGGCCCAAAGGGAGAGCCAGGCCCCAGAGGUUCAUCAGGAAUGCCUGGACAGUUUGGACCUGGAGGCAACACUGGAGCAGCAGGACCCAAAGGGCAAAAGGGAUCCCAUGGACACACUGGCCCACCUGGUAGGAUCGGACCCACUGGGCAAAUUGGACCCGUGUUGUCUGGCUUAUCGGGCAUGGAAGGAGAUGAGGGAAAAGCAGGAAGGCCUGGAAAAAAGGGCAGUCAUGGGGAGAAAGGCAUAACUGGUCCUCCAGGCAUUAAAGGAGACAUGGGCGCAAGAGGCCAAAAAGGUGCAAAGGGUGAAACUGGGACACAUGGCGCAGGGGGCACUGUAGGAAAAGUAGGAUUUGUUGGGUCUCCAGGAGCUAAAGGUCAACCUGGACCUGCUGGUCUUCCUGGAUUUCCUGGAGCCAAAGGAAUUCAGGGGUCGAAGGGGGAAAAAGGCCAGUCUGGAAGUAAGGGGACCAAAGGAGCUGCUGGGAAAAUUGGAUCUAAUGGACAAGAGGGGAGGCUAGGACCUCCUGGAACACCUGGAAAACCAGGCUUGAAUGGCUUGGAUGGUUUGCUGGGGGUUGAUGGUAAUGAAGGGUAUCCGGGGGAUAUUGGUUUGAGAGGAGCGUCUGGAACUCCAGGCAGCCUUGGCAAGACAGGAAAUCCAGGACUUCCGGGGAUUAGAGGACACCCUGGACCUAUAGGGGUUAAGGGUGAAACUGGUCCAAAUGGAGCAAAAGGACCUCCUGGACCAGUUGGGCCAAAGGGUAUUCCUGGUUUGAGAGGAGAAAAGGGUGGACCAGGCACUGUUGGCGCUAAGGGUUUUUUGGGUGAUACUGGAAUGCUGGGACCAGUUGGUCCACCAGGGCUAAAGGGGAAUCCUGGUUUGCAGGGACUAGAAGGUCAAGCUGGUCAAAAAGGAAAACAAGGGCACAUGGGUCUUCAUGGUCCACCAGGGCAAAGAGGCGCUCCUGGAUUUACUGGCCAUAUUGGAAAAAAGGGGGUCAAGGGUGUCCAAGGAAAGAAGGGGCCAAAAGGAGUUAAAGGCAAGCCAGGACCUCCUGGACAACCAGGAUCACCAGGCAGGCUCAGCCCUAAACAAAUACAAUCUGAGCCAAGAUCCAGACCCAGUAAAAGGGACAGGCUGAAAAAUACCCAGCAGCCUCCUAUUCUACUGAAAAGACAAGAUGGACAAAACAAACAGAGCCAGUUGAUGUCUAGAAGGUGGUCUGAAGAUGAGGAAGCUGAAGAAUCCUCCACCUUGGAGUUGGGAACAAAAGAUGAUCCUGGCACCACAUGCUAUGAAUUGAAACUUAUUCAUCCACAUCUGGAAGAUGGUUAUUUUUAUAUGGAUCCCAAUCAAGGCUGUAAGUGUGAUGCUGUGAAAGUGUUUUGUAACUUCACAGCAGGAGGAGCAACCUGCAUAGGUCCUCAACAUUCGCAGAUUAAAAUGAGUUGGAAACCAGAUAUGAUGAAAUCAAGAAUGCCAGUGCAGUGGUUUACUCAACAAUAUAACACACACAAAUUUGAGUAUACUACAGUGAAUGUUGUACAGCUGAGAUUUCUACGGUUCCACAGUCACACUUCUUUCCAGCACAUCACUCUUAGAUGUACAGGAAACCAGUCCAAUCCCACUGCCACAGCAGGUUUAGCCAGUUGGAUUGUAAACUUGCGGGGGGAUUCUGGCAAAAUAAUCGAUUCACGCCUCAUUGCAGUUUCCAGGAAAAACUGUGAGGUGCACAUGCUGGUGAAGGUUCGAGGUAGCACAGAGUUGCGUCGAGGGGAUAUGGAGUUACUUCCUGUCAGAGAUCUGGGAAUGGAGCUGAACAGUACACCCAGCAACAUCUCUGAGAUCUCUCUAGUUUUGGGACCCCUCUGCUUCUUGUGAGCAAUAUAUUAUGUGUAGGAUCAUAUUCCUCAAAGUUGAAUAAAAUUAUCUACAUUACUGUAUACUGUUCAUAAAUGUCAGGUGGGUAAUUUAGAUAUGUUUUGAUUUGAGCUGUUUUAUGUAUUUUGUUUGUAUUUAUUAGAAUGUAAAAUUGUUCCUUCAUUUAAAAUUUAUUACGAUUUGUUUGAAUGUACAAACCAAAAUGCUUACCCUUUGAGUCAUGGUGUACAGUUAUUUUAUAUCUUUCCUUCCCAUAAUACAUGAAUAUUUUGAAUCCCGCUCUAUUUUUAUGCGUUGAAAUGCCGACAAUAUAAAGUAGAUGCUGAACUUGGACAAGUUAAAGCUAUUUUCUGUUGUUCACAUCAUUGUUUAAAGUUAUACUCAGUUGAUGUAUGCACUAGAAGUUGAAAAUGCAUCUACAGUACCUUGUUCCUGCUGAUGAAGUAUUAUCCACCUCAACAAUAAAGGUAGUCUAUCACAA